GGUAGGACAAAUCGAUGGGUAGGAUAAAUCGACAGAACACCGGCGAAUGAAUACCGGAAGUUGAUCUGCCCGAGAACCCGGAAGACAGUCGUGCAUAGAGCCUAUUGACUUCAGUCAUAACGGCGCAUUUAGCACAUUUUUUAGUAUUUAUUUGACUCAGUAUGCACAUAAAACGUGAACAUUUCCAUAUUUACAGUUAUAAUAUGUGUGAAAGCGUUUAGAUGUGCUUGACUUAUCGUACCGUUGUGCUUUUAGAAGCAUCUAGAAAAAUGCGGGCGUCACUUCCGAUGGAAUAUUCCAGCGAAUAGUGAGCGGCUUUAUAAAGUGAAGCGGUGAAGUGGUGAAUAUGUUCUGUACUGACAGGUGAUGGAGGCGUACUGAAGUCAUAACCGCACAUUAAAACGACUUUUAUUCAUCAGCGAAACUGUUGCAUUGUGUAAAAAAAGCCAAAUAUUUCUGGCGGAUAAAAAAAGACCAUCUGGGAGGCGUCAAUAGCAGAGUGUUUUCUUUUAAAGUUUGAAUUUCAUUGCAUGUCCUUGCGGCUUCGGUCCUGAGCAGAACAACUUAAAACACCAUGUUCCUGCUAACUCCAUCUUCUGGCUUUUUAAAGUGCACCAACAAGCUGUUCCUAAGUGAAACGGCCCAAUGGAUCCAGUUAAAGGAGUUUGCCAGGAAAAAUGCUGCCAAUACUCUGUCCAUUGCAAACAUGGUGAUGGGGAUGGCCUCCAUUCUCAGCAGUCUCAAUGGGCAUCAUUAUGCUGCAUGCUGGCUGGUGCUGAUUGGUUACCUGUUGGAUUUUGCAGAUGGAGCGGUUGCCAGGCAACUAAACGCCUGCUCGGCUCUGGGAGCUAAACUGGAUGAUUUUGCCGAUUUCACAACAUUCGGAAUUGCAACAUCUUUGCUCUUAAGGACUCCCGACCUCCUGGAUAACAUCCUCUGUAUGUGCUAUGUGCUCUCCGUGUUUGUUCGGCUUUGCUUCUUCUCUAGUGGCAUCCCUUUCAUGUACCGCGGCCUGCCGUGCAUCUACUCGUCCGCCAUUCUUGCCUGCCUUUCUCUCCUCACUGGAGGAAACAUGGCCGUGCUCCGGAUCACAGCUGUGGCAAUGAUCAUCUUCAUGGUGAGCCAGAACUUCUACCCUCAUGACCGGGUACUAGAGUCACAGGCCUGGAAGAAGGUGGUCUACGCUGGAGGCAUUGUGAUGGUGUUUUGUUCCUCGAUUCCUCAUGUCUGUGUGUACUACCUGCUGUGGUCAGUCUCCUACCUUUUGUUCCCAACAACCCUGUGGAGCUGCAAGGUGUAACAAAUAAUGUGGUUCAUCCAGUCUUUGAUUCUCCGGUCCGAGGAAGGCACGCACGGCCUACAGGAACUAGCAUGGGGUAUUAAACCUUGCUCAGAACCUCUGGACAUUGUGUGCUGUUUUUAAUGUAAUUUUGAGGUGACUUUGGGGCAUGAAGAAAAAACUCUUUUGCAGACUACAGAAAAAUACUUUUCUAUUUGCAUGACUGAAAGCACUAGUGACACUGAACGCUGCCUUCACAGAGGUUGACACAAAACAUAUUUUCUCUAAUGUGUGUGACUUGAGAUGUAUUAAAUAAAGAAUUAGUCAGUCAGUGUUACAGAAUGUCUGAUAUGCCGUGGAUUACGUUACUCUGCAGGUUUGAAUUUUUGGGAAAGAAUCAGAUUUAUUAUUAGAUCAAGUGCAUUAUGUAAACAUUUACUAUAUUUGAGAUUUUUUGGGAUGUCUUAUUAAAGAGAGAAAUAUAACCCCAAAUUAGAAAAAAAAACAUUGGGACAGGAUGGAAAAUGCAAAUAAAAAAUGCUUACAUUUAGUUUGACUUUUAUUUCAUUGUGUUUACAGACUAGUGCAUUUCAGAUAGGAACAGACAAUAACUGUGCUGUAUUAUAGUGUAUAGAAGGGAGCAGCAUGUCAUUUGAUUGUUUGUUUUUACCACUAAUGUCCCUUGAGCUGUGACAUGUAUAUAAUGCUACAUAAUAAAACUUUUCCUGAUUUUGA